AUGUCGACAGCGCACGGUCAGAUACAUUGCGAGAUCGAGGGUGAAGAGCUUCAUCGAUACAAGCCCGGCGGAUAUCACCCCGUACAUCUAGGCGAUAAGCUUGAUGAUGGACGAUUUACUGUGCUUCACAAAUUGGGCUGGGGCGGCUACGGUACGACCUGGCUAGCCCUCGAUGAAAGCUGUACCCGGAACGUAGCCUUGAAGGUCAACAUCGCCGAAUUGUCGCCAGACUCGAAAGAAAUCGAAACUCAUCAGAAACUGUCGGCGGGCUCGGAUCAACAUGAGGGUAAAGAUCACAUCGCACAAUUGCUUCAUAGCUUCUCUGUCCAAGGUCCGAACGGCAAGCACGGCUGUCUAGUGACCGAGCUGCUCGGUCUCUCAGCUGCAGCAGCAGCAGAUCGGCAGAGCGACGGCAGGCUGCCAGGGCGUUUAUCGUGGCAAGCUGUGCGUCAAACUAUCAAAGCUCUUGCAUACAUGCACGAGGAAGGCAUAGUCCACGGCGGUAAGCACUCCGUUCCUUUAUAUCGUCGGACCAGCCGCGCUAAGUAG